AUGGACCAAACGUCUUCGGGAGCAAUCUCUACGACUAGUGGCAGCGUCAUAGUGCAACAACUCAGUACCACAAGCAACCCGUCCGACGCUGAGGUGAGCCUCGCGGGAAUCGCCGUCCCGGAGUCCACGAGUCGCGCCCCCAGUCACCCGGCUACGCAACAGAGCCCCUCGGCCGCGGCCCUCAGUCCGCCCGGCAAGGUCUUCGGACGGAACUACAACGGCACAAUGGUGAUCACCUCGACGCCCUCCAAUGAGGCAGAGCUCCAGCUGUACCGCGUCCUCCAGAGAGCCAGUCUCCUCAUCUACUAUGACACACUGCUGGAAAUGGGGGGAGAUGACGUGCAGCAACUCUGCGACGCUGGCGAAGAGGAAUUCCUGGAGAUCAUGGCACUUGUGGGGAUGGCAUCGAAGCCUCUCCACGUGCGCCGGCUCCAGAAAGCCCUCCAAGAAUGGGUGACAAAUCCUUCCGCCUUCCAAACUCCCUUGUCCAACACUCCUGACCUGCCAAGGCACAUGUACAGCCCAGAGCAUGCUCAAGGAUCUUCCAGGUCACCUUUCGGCUCUAGCCACUCUACUAUGUAUCCAACCUCCGCAAUAUCUUCCUCUUCAACUGCAUCCUUUCCCAAUACCGGCGGCGGGAAUUUGUCGCUCAGCAGCAUCGCCAGUGGUCUUGGAGGGCAUGGGACGCUCACGAGCACUUCGUCGGGUGGUGGAACACUGGGAUCUGGUGUUCAGCUCACUCCCAGUCUCACAGAGCCACAGAUCAGCAGAAUAAUUCAGGCUGCAGAACGACUAUCGCAGAGUCCUCGGAUAUCUCAGCUGGUGCCAAGAUCUCAGAGCUCAAAGAAGCGAUCUUCCAAGGAGCUCGAGGCCGUGAUGGGAAUGAGUGAGUCUGAUCCUCGGAGAAUGGAUGAAAUUCGGAAGUACUCAGCGAUUUACGGUCGCUUUGACUGCAAAAGACGUCCUGAGAAGCCUCUGACUCUGCAUGAAGUGUGUGUGAAUGAGGCUGCAGCUCAGAUCUGUCGCUUUGUUCCUGCCCUCUUGACCAGGCGGGAUGAGUUGUUCACUCUGGCGAGGCAGGUAGUUCGAGCAUCGGGAUUUGGACACUCUGCAGGAAUCGCCAGGUUCGCCAUGAGUCAGCACAUGCCGAGGGACGAGGACGUGGACACGCCAUCGGCGUCCAAGAAGGCCAGAUUGUCCUCCGGAGGUGGCAGCGACGGGAGUCUGGAUCACGGAAAGGAAAUGUCGGAGAAUAAGGAGAAGAUACUCUCGAUGUAUCAGCGGAUGGGAAAGUCCUUUGAUUUGUCGGAUUCGGCAAAAUUCUCUUUCCUUAAUUUUACCAGAUACUCACCAUAUUCCAGGCCAGAGUUCGAUGAUGACUCUCAAUUUUCGUUCAGCAACUCCAAUUCACCACCUUUGCAUGGCAGCAACAAUGGAGGUGAUCUCGAUACUGAACCCUUGAAUGCUUCUGGUGAGAACAACAAGCAUGACGACAGCAAAGAGCUCGCGCCGUCCUCGCCGGAUUCCCACUCGAACGGCCCCAUCGGCAUCCAGAUCAUCUCAGCGUCCGGAGGACACAUUAUCGCCGUGGCAAAUCCAGCUCUCGCCCUCAGUCCUGCCCUUGGCGAGACAAUGAGCGUGAAGCGCGAGCGCGAAGUCAUCUCGCCGGAUAUCCGAUGAAACUCCACGUCGUCCGGAUCGAUCUCAAAUCGCGCGAGUACCUCAGUAGAUUAGGCAUAGAAAGGGUAAAUCAGUAGUUAGAUCCGUAUAGAAAUCAGUAGUAACAGGAACGAUCGGGUGCAAUUGGAAAAAUUAUUUUUCGGUUAUUUUUUUCGAGAAAAGCGUAAAUUCUAAACUGAAGAAGUAUUUUGGGUUAACUUAUCUAGUCGUGUCUAAAUUGUUCUUUGGAAUCGUGAUUCACAUUUCGCGUGAUUUUUUCUUUUGGGAAAUUCAAAGUGUUUUUUUUUUCUUUUGGAAGAAAAUAAGAUUGAAUAACGUGCCUAAUGUAGCUUAAAUAACAUUUUAAAUGACAUAUUAGUAUAGUGUAAAAGUUGCUUAAACAUUUAGAUAAAAUGUAUUACUUUCAAUAAAACGUGAAGCGCAAAGACUUUUAGGAAAUUGUUUAGAAGAAAAGCUUAUCAUCACUGUUUUGUCUAUCUUUUCAUUAUUUCUCUCUGUGAUUUUCAAGAAAUUCUCUGAUUAAAAAAUAAAUCAAAGACGCUAGUUAGACUAUAUAUCGUUUUAAUUAAAGUCUCUAAGAUAGUUGAUUUGUGAAAGACAAUAAGAAGUGUAAUUGCUGAUGAGUCUCUCCACGAAACUCCAUGUAAUCCCAUAAAUUAAGAUAAUCGUUCGAUGGAGAAAUAGAAUAAAUCGCAAUAACUGACAUUUCCACGUGCAUUCUUGUAAUAUUUUCCUAUACGUUCGCCAAUAAAUCACAGUCA